CGCCUCACUGCAGGGGCUUUCCAUCAUGGCGUCUAUGCAGAAGCGACUACAAAAGGAGUUGCUGGCAUUACAAAAUGAUCCGCCUGCUGGAAUGACUCUCAAUGAGAGAAGUGUGCAGAACACAAUCACUGAGUGGUUUAUAGAUAUGGAAGGUGCUCAAGGGACUGUUUAUGAGGGGGAGAAGUUUCAGCUGCUCUUUAAAUUCAGUAGUCGAUAUCCUUUUGAAUCACCUCAGGUUAUGUUCACCGGAGAGAAUAUACCCGUCCAUCCGCACGUCUAUAGCAACGGUCACAUCUGUUUAUCUAUUUUAACGGAGGACUGGUCUCCAGCUCUGUCUGUGCAGUCCGUUUGUUUAAGCAUUAUUAGCAUGCUGUCAAGCUGCAAAGAAAAGAGACGUCCUCCAGAUAAUUCUUUUUAUGUAAAGACGUGUAAUAAGAAUCCAAAGAAAACUAAGUGGUGGUAUCAUGAUGAUACAUGCUAGUAUCCACAGCUUUUUGAUAUACAAACAGACUUUUCCAAGUGCAUCAAGUACUUUAUGAUACAGUCUUUGGGUUAAGACUGAACCAGCAGACUCUGGGAUGGUGGUUUAUGUGUGGAUUAGGCGUACACGUUUGCUGACUGGAAAAAGUGCAUAAAAACUGCAGGAAUGUAACCCACCCGGCAAUCAUGUUAUGAUGGAAGCAAGAUGUGGAGGUUUUUUUUCAUUUGGUUAUGUUUGUUUUAUAGUUCGUUUAUUUUUUCAUAAGCCUCUAAGGGUUUUCAUUGUUUGUGCAAUAAUAAUAAUGUCAGUGUGGGUGUGGAAUAUAAGGAAAGUCAGAAAAGCAACUAUUGUAAUGGAUCAGUAAUCAUAAGCCUUUCUAUUCCUGCUUGGUUAUGCACUGUGAAUCUCGAACAGGGCAAAUUUGUUCAUGCAUAUUUUAGCCAUUUUAUGUUGAAUUUCGUAGCUGGGUGUGGUGUAUAAUAAUGUUCUGAUAAAUGUUGCAGAUAUGUACAGAUUAGAUAAGAGGUGCUGAUCAUGUUAUGUGAUCUUGAAUUACACAACGGUUCUGGGUUAAAAUUGAAGCACUGGUUUUAUAGGUAGACCAACGUUUUGUGUAGUAAAAGUAAGAGAUAACUUUAGGCAUAAUCACUUUAUCUUUUAUGUGAAGCUCUGUCUAGUUAUAUUAAAUUAUCAGUUUGAUUUAAUGGUUGUAUCCUGCUGUGCUGGGAAUGGUUCAUUAUUUUUUCCAUGCCGUUAGCUUUAGGAAACAUCCAGUUUGUCUUCAUUGUUUUUGUUCUAUCUUUAUUUAAUAACUUUAUUUAAGAGAAAAAGUUCUUAUUAAAGUAAUAUAUUUUGAAA